UUUCGUUUACUAAACAGAAAGGUUCUCUUUUCCUCUCUCUCUCUCUCUCUCUCUCUCACAUACCGAGCCUCAAUUCAUUUCCAUCUCUCUGUUUCUCAAUUUCUCACAAUCCUUCUUCUUCCAAUUCACCCCUCUCUAUUUAUGGUUUGUCUGAUGUAAUUCAGAAACCAUUCAUUUCUUAUUUCGCUGUCUUCUUUAGAAUUCCCUUCGUUUUGUUUCUGGAAGAUUCUUGAUCGAUCUGCACCAUGGACAACGAUUUCUUCCUAAAUGCCGCAGCUCUGCACUUCGAGCCUUCUUCGUCUUCCUCUCCUUCAAUGCCCACGUGGCAUCAUUCACUCUCCUCCUCCUCCGCCAUGGAUAUUCCUGUUUCAAGCUCUGAGCAACCCCGACAACAACAACAGGACUGUUUCUACAACCCCACAUGGGAAAAGUCAACCUUGGAUCAUCAUCAUCCCCACAACCACCAUGCCCUUCAGUUCGAUUCUGCGUUGAGUUCAAUGGUUUCUUCUCCGGCAGCUUCUAAUUCCAACUUGUCCAAUGACAAUUUCGUCAUCAGAGAACUGAUUGGGAAAUUGGGGAACAUUGGGAACUCCGGCGAGAUCUCUUCUUACAUGAAUGGAAAUAACAGUGCCAACACUUCAUGUUACAGCACGCCCUUGAGUUCUCCUCCUAAACUGAACAUUCCUCCUCCAUUGAUGAAUAAUAACCAGUUGAUGAAAGAUAAAUUACCAAUGGCUUUGAACUCCAGUGUGGCAGAAUUCUCAGCUGAUCCUGGAUUUGCUGAGAGAGCUGCCAAGUUUUCUUGCUUUGGAAGUAGGAGCUUUAAUGGCAGAACUUCAACGCAACUUGGGAUGAAUAAUAAUGCUGACUUGACACAGAGAUCUAGUCCAUUGAUGGAGAAUGGAAAGCUUUCAAGAGUAUCAAGUAGCCCAUCGCUGAAAGCACUUGGAUCUCAAAUGGACAAUAAGAAUUCUCCGUUAAAUUCUCAGGAGGAAUCUACAAUCUCUGAGCAAAACCCAAACGUGGAAUCGGGGGCGAAACCUUCCCCUCCUGACAUGAAUUCCAGAAAGAGGAAAGCUUCUUCCAGGGGAAAACCCAAAGAAAAUCCUCCCAAGGCUGCUGAAGCCAAUGAAGAUUCAAGUGCAAAGCGCAGCAAGUCAAAUGAAGGGGAAGGACAUGAAAACGGACAAGUGAAGGCAGAAGAAGAGACAAAAGGAGGUAACAACAAUGGAGGGGAUGAGAAACAGAACAAGAGCAACAAUUCAAAACCUCCUGAGCCUCCAAAGGACUACAUUCAUGUCAGAGCAAGAAGAGGUCAAGCUACUGAUAGCCAUAGUCUUGCUGAAAGAGUAAGGAGGGAGAAAAUCAGUGAGAGAAUGAAGCUUCUGCAAGAUCUUGUACCUGGUUGCAAUAAGGUCACUGGAAAAGCUCUUAUGCUUGAUGAAAUCAUAAACUAUGUACAGUCAUUGCAGCGCCAAGUUGAGUUCCUUUCUAUGAAAUUGGCCUCCGUGAACAGCAGGCUAGAUGUGAGCAUUGACAAUCUCAUCUCAAAAGAUAUAUUUCAAUCAAAUAACUCUUUGGCACACCAAGCAGCAAUGUUCCCCUUAGAUUCCUCUGCCACAGCCUUUUAUGGCCCCAAUCCAGCAAUCCACGAUACCAUCCCUAAUGGAACUGAGACCCACUCUAUGGAAUCUUUAGAUUCUGCUCUCUGCCAAAGCCUUGGCUUCCAGUUACCCGCUCUGAAUGGGUUAAAUGGAGGUGCUUCUCAGUAUCCAAUGACCUUUUGUGAGGAAGACCUCCACGCCAUUGUUCAGAUGGGGUUUGGUCAAACAGAAAAUAGAAAAACACCAGCACAAUCUCCAAGCUUUAAUGGUUCAAGCCAGAUACCCCAUAUGAAAGUUGAGCUCUGAUCAACAUUCAUUAUGCUUGAAUUGAAGCCCAGAAGAAUAUAGGAAGACUGCUGUAAACAAGAAAAAGAUUUUAAUUCAACCAAACCCAUGAAUCAUCAUUAAGCCGCCACCACCAUCAUCAUUGGGUCUAUUCAAUUGAAACCACCCUUUUUUUCCUUUUCUUAUUCUUAUGGUAUUUUCUCUUUUAUCUGAUUCUCUCUGUGAUGCUUUUGAUUCCUAAUCUUCUGGGGGCGAUUCAUUUCAUUUUUCCCCUUUUUGUAUAACAAUUCAUGUAAAAUCUUAGGACCAAUUCUGUAUUCUCUGGUGCUAGUUCUUGUUGUGGCACCAAUUGUAAGAUAUAGUGCUAAUUAAAGAAGGAGUUCUUUUUCCCCCCUUU